AUGUAUAAGCUCAUCAUUUUGCUACUCGUCAUUACUUUUGUGAACGGAAGGGAAGAUUUUGGAAUGAAAUAUGUAUUGAGGAUAUACGAAGACUGCCAGCAAUCUGACGGCGUAAUACCUUGUUUGAAGAAGAAAGCUAUCCUCUUCUUCGACAGGGCUGCCAGGAUGGAGUCGAUUCCUUUGAUUGAUGGUGUGGAUAUAGUGAAGGCAUCAGAUAUGGAAGUUGUUCCAGUCAGCGAAAAUGAUAUAGAAGCAAGUUUACCCAGGAAUUACGAAAGCAAGGAUGGGAUGCUGUCAAGCAUGCUCUGGGAUAGAGUUGCUGCUUUUGCAAAUUCAAGAACUAUCCAACUAUCAUUACCAAAGAUGUCUGGCCAGGAGCUUAACAAAGGUAUCGAAGAAGGUCGUGGAAAGAUGAAGAAGAUGAUGGGAAUGAUGAUGAUGGGUGGAGCGAUGAAGAUGGCAGCGAUGAUACCUCUUGCUAUCGCUGGUUUAUUCGUGUUAGCUGGAAAAGCUCUCAUAGUAUCUAAGAUCGCUCUGCUUCUAGCAGGAAUAAUUGCAUUAAAGAAGAUUGUGGCACAGAAGAAUAUGGGUGGUGGUAGCAGUAGCCAUGAAAGCCACGGCUGGUCAUCUGGAGGCGGGAGCAGUGGGGGCGGUUGGGAUAAAAGAUCAGCAUCUGACUUAGCCUAUAACGCCUAUAAGACUAAUUAG